GACGUGUGAAAGGUAGGUAGGAAUGAAACAUAUACGGGCGGACGUGCGUGUGCGCGUAGGCGGCGCAGAUCCGGUUUCGUUCGCCGAAAAUUUUCUAGAAGAGCCUCCCGAGCGAGUCAUGCCCGACGGCUAAGCGGCUCCGUCUAUACAUGCGCAUUGUGUUUGUAACAUGUCGACAUUCCGCACCGCGGCUCGCUUAUCGUUGCGUUGUUUCGGGUGGCAGUCGAUCUGGGUUCCGGGCGUGUAUCGCAGGAGUCCCCUUGUCUUUGAUUGCCAGCGACGGAUCAGCAUCCGCAUCACAGCGCACCAAGAAACCCGCCGGGAGUUGGCAGCUUGACGAGCUGCUCCGGCAUAAAAAUAAAAACAUGGCGGCAGUAUGUAACCUCGCCAAAUCCAGAAGGAUUUGCCACAGUGUUGGGAGCUGUCUCUUAGUCGCCCCGUACACGUGUUGCCUCCGAGAGAUAUCUCGUGGCCAUCACCGAAUAUCGAGUCGGACUAAUAACAACUACGCAGGUGUGAAGAGAGAAUCCGAGACAGGCGUUACGUCAGGCAGAAUAAGCGCAACGCAGCUGAGCAAGACACACAGCAGCAAGAGAUAUCCACGAGCCGAUGGCUUAAGAAGUCUAACUACCUACAUUUCGUCUCCGUUCCGCUUUAGCCUCGCAGGACGCGAUGGAAGGGCCGUUAGGGUAGACCAGCGCUAAAGUUAGUCGUAUGCCAGUAUGACAGCGCUUCGUGACUAUCGACUAUUACCCACUUAGGAUCCCAAGGCUUCGGUCGAAAGCC